AUGAUUGAACGAUCACGUGAAAAACGUGUAAGACAAAAAUUUAAUAGUGAUAUUGAAUUACAAGCAUAUGAAAAACGUCUCAAAGAUAUUGAAAAAAAAAUUCGUCAACUUGUCAAACGUGCAUUUGAAAUUUUUGAUGAAAAACGAAGUAUUUCAAGUCCACCAACAGUUACACGUACAACUAAAACUGAUUUAUUAUUACAUAAUCGUUCAAAAUCAACAAAUUAUUUUCAAGAUGAAUCAAGUAUUAGUGAUGAAACAUCUAUUCAUCGAAAAGAUACAGAAUUAACUAAAAAAGAUACUAAUACAUCAUCAAAUUCAACUCAACAAAGACAAUCAGAUGUUGUUACAUCUGAUGCAAGUGAUCUUGAACGACGUGUACGUGCUUAUCGUGAACAAUUAAAAGCAAAAAAAUUUGAACUUGAAAAAUUAAAACAACGUAAAAAUAAAGAAAUUUUACGACGACAAGAAGAUGAAUUAAAAAAACAAAUUGAAUCAUGUGAUUAUGAAAUUCAAACAUUACGUUUACAACCAAUUCAACAAGAACAAACAGUACCUAUUCCAUCACCAUAUAUUCAUAGUAAUACUAGUAGUCCUUCAACAGAAAGAAAAAAAUCAAAUUUAUCAAAAUCUGAUAAACAAAUUCUUUCACCAAAACAAAAUAUAUUUGAAGAACGACCAUUAGAAACACCACGUGAUGAACGUGAUACACAAGAUGAUGCUUUAUCAAUAUCAGUUACAACUGAUUUACCAAAUGAAUUUGAAAUUGAUCAUGAUAGUCAACAUAUAAAUAUUAAUAAUGAUAAACAAAUAACUGAUGUAAAUAUUUAUUCUUCAAUACUAUCUAAAGAAAAAGAAGAUUCUAUAUCAUCAUCUUCAAUAACAUCUGAAAAACAUACUAUAUCAUUAUCACCACGAAUAUCUCGAUCACCUUCACCACCACCACCACCACCAUUAGCACAAGAACCUAUUAAAUCACCUUUACCAUCAGUACAUGAAUAUAUUAAAUCAUCAUCAUCACUUGUAGAAGAACGUCUUAAAACAUUAUCACAAGAACAAAUAUUUGUACCUAUAAAUGAAUUAAAACAAUCUGAACAUUCAUCAAUAAAUAGUGAAUAUGGUGAAGAUUUUUCUGAAGUUAGUCAUUCACCAAUACAUACUUCAGUAAAAAUUCAAACAAAUGAUAUUGAAUCAAUAGAAGAUGAUAUUCAUAAUAAAUCUUUAAAACAUGAUUCAAAUAAAAGUUCAUCAUCAAAAACAAGUGAUGAUGAACAAUCUGAAAUACUUGUACUUAAUAUAAAAUCUACAAAUAAUAUAUUAGAACAACAAGAUAAUAAAGAUAAAUUAUCAACAUUACCAUCACAAACAUUAUUAAUUUCAAAAAAAAUUGAAUCUGAUAAUACAACACAUGAUAUUAAUGAAAAUGAUCAAGGUAAUAAACAUCUUGAACAAGAUAAUAAAAUAGAUAAAUUAACUGAAAUAUUAGUUCGAACAUUUAUCGAUGAAGCUAUUGAACAUGGAAAACAAAUUGAAAAUUUAAAAAUUCAAAAUUCAUUAACUAAAGAAGCUAGUGAAUGGAUACCAGCUGAAGAUGUAAUUAGUGAAGAAAAUAAUAAACAAAUAUUAACUAAUCAUGAAGAAGAAAUAGAUAAUGAGAUACCAACAUUUUCAAAAGAACCAGAUGGUCUUGAUCAAUCUGAUACAACAACAAAUGAAACUAAUGAUGAUGAAGAACUUAUGCUUGAUCUAGCUCGACUUGUUGAUGAUAAACUUGAUGAAACACGUGAUACAAGUCCACGAAAAUCUCUUGAUAAAGAAUCUACUAUACAAGUUGAUGAUGAUAGAAUAAAAAGUAUUAUUGAAGAAUCUACUAAAACUAUUAAUGAAGAACCAAUUAAACCUAUUGUUUCACAUACACGUGAACAAGUUAUUCAAUUAUGUCAUGAAGCAUUAAUAAUUUUAUAUAAUCAAAAUAAUGAUUUUUCUGAUCGAUUAACUAUCAAUCGAACAAUACCUGAUUCAUAUUUUAAUUAUGAACAACAAGAUUCUGAUAAUGAAGAUAUUCAACGUAGUCAUCAUGCUUAUUAUCGAAUGAUAUUUGAUUUAUGUGUUGAACUUUUAUGUGAAAUGUAUUCACCAAAUGUUCGAAUAACAAAAUAUCCUGAAUGGCAAAAAACAAAAUUAAUUCGUAAACGUUUUUAUCGUUCACAUAAACCAAAUAAUAUUAAUGAAGCUGAAUAUUUUAUUCAAAAAAAAAUUUUAGAAAUCUUAAAUUUAAUUCCAAAUCAUAUAACAUAUCCAAAAUGGCGUAUAUCAUCAAUAGGACGACAUUCUGAUACAGAACAAUUUGAAAAUGUUCUUGAUGAAGAAUUACGUCGUACAGAAAGUCAAUGGAUUGAUUAUGAAGAUGAUUGUUUAAGAAUUAAAUUUGAUAUAGCUGAAUAUAUAUUUGAUCGUUUAUUACAAGAAACAUUAACAGAAUGUUUUCAUAUUGUUAAUAAACGAUUAGUUUUUGAGCAAACAAAACAUAUUACAGAUUCUUUUCCAAUCUCAAAAUCAAAUUUUGGUGAACGAAAUAUUCGACCAAGAAAACGUUUAUUAAACGAUGAUUAUCUAUAUUGUGAUAAUUGUCAAAAAUACAGUCAUGGGUUAUGUCCACAAGGAUGUCAAACUUAUGAAUCUAAUCAUCAAGCUGAUCAUGCUAAAAAUACUGUACCUGUUGGAAUAAAAAUUUCUACUUCAAAUAUUCCAACUGCUGGAUUAGGUGUAUUUGCUAUUAAAGAAUUUCCUAAAAAUACAUUUUUCGGACCAUAUACUGGUGAACGACAUAGAUCAACUGAACGAGCUAAUAAAUCUGGUUAUGCAUGGACGAUUGAAGAUGCUGAAGGUAAUGUUUAUAAUUAUAUAGAUGCUAGUAAUCCAAGUCAUAGUAAUUGGCUUAGAUAUGUGAAUUGUCCAACGAGACAAGUAGAUGAAAAUUUGAUACCAGUUCAAUUUAAUGGUGAACUCUACUAUCAAACAUCACGUGAUAUAAAAGCAGGCGAAGAAUUAUUUGUUUAUUAUGGUGAAGAAUACGCUAGAGCACUUGGUAUUAAUUCGUUUGAAAAUUCCUCAAUUGAAGAAAAUCAAAUGAUUGUUUCACCAUCACCUAAGUCAACUUUGUUAUCUUCUUCAAUUGCACCACUGAAAAAAGAACAACAACAACAACAAAUUAAUUCAUCAAAAAAGCGCAAAGGAUCGAAAGAGACAUUGUUGAACAAUAAAACACGAUAUCUAUGCCAUGUCACCAAAUGA